AUGAGUGAAGACUUCAUCCAGACUGUGGAGACAAAGAUGGGAGGAAAGGUUCUCAUCCUCCUGGCCUUGCCGACAGAGAAGCCCACACAGAUUCAGCACACCAAGCUUCAGUCACCUGAUACUGGUGGCUUUCUGAAGUUCACCGACUCUGUCAAUGACUGGCAGAAAGAUUUGUGA